CAUUUCAAAGUCAAAAAGAUCGAAAACGUCAAAAACGAUUCUCAUCGGUGAAUGUGACAAUAUAAUUUCACUGUAUCUAUUUAUUAAUCUAGUGUUAUCAUAUUCCGAUCCCAUUUGAACAAAGUUAAUUUAAUUUUUUAGUUUGACACCCAUUUAUCUUGAAAAUGGAGAAACGAUACAUGGAUUCACCAAUUGAUCUUCUACGGAAUGGAAGACUACUUCGAGCUAAAGAUCUCGGGCUUACCCCAACAGCAAAUUGCUCACUUGAAAUCAACCAAAGCUUUCCAAGACUGACAAGGAAACUAAAAUCAGUUUCCAAAGUACAACUCAGCAAAGCGCUGCUUAACACAGAUGACAUGAACAGUAUUAGUUUCAGUACUCAAGCUACACAAAGUUCUCUACAGCGAGAAAACCAAUCCCAUCUAGAAGAUACUCUGAACAUUUCACAUUUUAAUGAAGAUGCCAUCUUCAAUCCAAAUCCUCACAAAGGAGUUCUCACCAUUGAUGGAAAAACAUCUCAAAUUAUUGUUACAAACACAAUUGCCUGCAAAAUGUUGGGAUAUUCAUCUGAAGAACUGCUUGCAAUCAAAUUUAAAGACCUUGUAAUCAGAGAGAAAUCACAGUUAGCUCUAACUGACAUGAUCUUUGAUGAAAAAGGAGAAGUUAUUAUCUUUAAUGGAAAAGUGAUUGAACUCAAGUGCAAAGAUGGUUCUAAAGUAGCUGUAUCUUGUUGGUUAACAAAUACUGAGGACAAUGCUGGCAAUAGUUUGUACGUUGCUGUCAUUGAACCAGUGCAACGAGUAGUGUCCUAUCUUCUCCUAGACGAAUUUGGAUUGAUAAUGGCAGCCGAUGAAACAGCGGCUUCCCUUUUCCACUGUAGCGAAGAAGAUUUUGUUGGACAUAAUAUCAUCAAGUGGAUCCCCAAUAUCAUUUGGCCUACUUCUUCUGAUAAUUUGGACCAAGAGAAAAAAAUUCAGAAAACAACAGGUUCUAACGAAUCGAAGCAGAGUUUCCCUCUCACGCUGCGGCUAGAUCAUUACGAAGCAGAUAGUGUUGCCAGUCUAUCGGAAACUACUUCUUUACUACCCUGUUACUCUGCCACACUCUGGGUUUUCACGAAUAUGAGCGGGAUGUUGCUUAUUACUAAAGAAGGUUGUAUUAUUGAUUGCAACUCCAUUUUCGUCCAGCUCGCUCUAGGAUAUACUCGAGAAGAACUUGUUGGAAAAGAACUCAGCUACAUUUUACUUAACUUUGCAAACGCACAAUGCGGUCAUUUUAACAGUGAAGUUCACCAUGAAAACGGUUCUUUUAUACCUGUGUCUUACUUUGUCAACGGCCCACUUGAAGGUAUGGAUAUAUAUCAAGUUUGGAUGGCCAUAGCCUCCUCAUUGAACAGCGGAAAGUCAGUAAUGGGUGCCUCAGAGCUAUCUAAAAGCAGAAAUUUUAGUGUCAUUCAGCCUGAAAGAGAUUCUUCAAAAUCCGAUUGCCACCUUGAGAGCAAGGAGAGUAGCAUUUACAAAGAAGAUAUGUGUAGUGGAGACUACUUAAAGAAUUAUCAGGUCGUGAAGCAAAUUGGCAGUGGAGGUUUCGGCUGUGUUUAUUUGGCAUAUGGACUCAUGGAUACCAAGUUAGUUGUGACAAAAUUCAUAAAAAAAUCCAAAGUGUAUAAUGACAGUUGGAUUUCAACGGACGACGGGCACCGCCUUCCAAACGAGAUCUACAUUUUGAAUCGCAUCCAGCAUGAUCACAUCGUCAACAUGAUUGAUUUCUACGAAAAUGAUUUUUACUUCCAAUUAGUUAUGGAGAAGCAUGGUUUUGGAAUGGACUUGUUUGAGUUUAUUGAGAAAACCAAUGGUGUUCCUGAACCUCUUGGAGCCAACAUAUCUAAGCAGUUGAUAGAAGCUGUUGAUUAUCUCCAUUCGCAUGGCAUUCUCCAUCGAGACAUCAAAGAUGAAAAUGUUGUAUUGGACGAUAGAUUUCACGCUAAGCUGAUCGAUUUUGGGUCUGCUACAUACCUAACAGAUAAACCAUUCAAAGCCUUCUGUGGCACCUUUGAAUAUUGUAGUCCGGAAGUGUUAAGAGGAAACCCCUAUCGGGGACCAGAACUAGAGGUCUGGGCUAUUGGAGUAACAAUUUAUGUUCUGGUUUUUGGGCGCAAUCCCUUUUCUGGCAUCGAAGAAAUUUUAAAAAAUGAACUCGAAUUCUCUGAUUCAGCUUCUGCGGAUCUGAAGUACCUCUUGAAGGGAAUGAUGAACCGAUCAAUAGAAGAUCGAUUCAGUUUGCGAGAUGCAUUGCAAAGUAAAUGGCUGAACCAAACAGUAUUUUUAGAUAAUUACGACUUCUACGAUAUUUGUGAUCUCAAUCGAUCUUGCGUCGAGUUUCAGAACUCGCGUUAUAUUCUUGACGAAGGCCCCGUCAUCACGCUGGCUACAUCUACCCCUUAUAGAAAAGCUAGUGAUCCUGCGAAGAAAAGCCUCGAUCAUUCUUCUUUUGAUAUUCCUGACGAAAGUGUACAUUUUCAAGCGUCUGAGCUGAUUUUCAACGAAAUAUCUAACCAUGCGGAUUAACAAGUAAUACACCGUGCGAAAUUUUUCAAUGACAAA